AACUGUUAGUAUAAAUUAAGAGCUUGGUAUUCAUUUCAUUUCAUUUCGUUAUUAGUUUGUUUUGUUAGUUGUGUUUAUUGUAUGCUUUUAAGAUUCUAUGUUUACUUCCUUUGUUUACUUUACUGGUUACGCAUUGUCUUCCAUACUACCGCACCCAUCCAUAACAAGAAACUUAUCCUCUCAACCAAGUCUGAAAGAUGGAGAAUCCAGAGUCUAUCCCUUUAAAUAACUAUGUUGGCUUCGAUUCCAUUACUUCCCAAAUCAACCGCAAAUUAGUCCGCCGUGGAUUUCAAUUCAACGUUAUGGUAGUAGGUCCUUCGGGAAGUGGAAAGAGCACACUCGUGAACACAUUGUUCUCUGCUCAUUUGAUGAAUAGCAAAGGACGAGUUGACAUUCAAACACCUUAUCGCCAAACUACGGAAAUUAAUGUUACGAGUCAUGUGGUGCAAGAAAACCGCGUUCAGUUACAAUUAAAUCUUAUUGAUACACCAGGUUAUGGUGAUCAAAUCAAUAAUGAUAAAUGCUGGGAGCCUAUUAUCAAGUACAUUCGUGAUCAACAUUCAUCCUAUUUGCGACGUGAAUUAAAUUCUCAUCGCGAAAAGCGCCUUCAAGACACAAGAGUUCAUUGCUGUCUAUUCUUCAUACGCCCCACAGGUCAUUCCUUACGGCCUAUUGAUAUUGCAGUGCUAAAACGCCUCACUGAAAUUGUUAAUGUUGUUCCUGUUAUUGCCAAAUCCGACUCUUUGACUCUUGAAGAGCGCGCUGCCUUUAAGCAACAAAUUCGAGAAGAGAUUACCAAGCAUGAUAUUAAUUUGUACCCCUAUGAUAGUGAUGAUAUUGAUGAUGAGGAAUUGAAUCUUAAUGCAGCCGUUCGCAAUCUUAUCCCAUUUGCUGUUGUCGGCUCAGAAAAGGAAAUUGUUGUUGACGGAAAACAUAUUCGUGGAAGACAAAACAGAUGGGGCAUUGUUAAUGUUGAUGAUGAAAACCACUGUGAGUUUAUUUAUCUCCGUAACUUUUUAAUGCGUACUCAUUUGCAGGAUCUUAUAGAAACCACUUCGGUAUAUCACUACGAGAGAUUCCGUUCGAAGCAACUGAGUACCCUAAAGGAACAAUCUUCUAUGGCAUCUAGAAUGGCAAGCCCUAGUCCCAAUUUCCCUGAUCACUUCCACCCAUCUGCUACUAUCGCAAACUAAGUUUUCUUUUUCGACUUUUCGUCAAGCAUUAAUAUACAAUAAUAUUUUAGUUUAUUACUACAUAUCAUUAAAG